AUGGCUGCUACAUCUCCCCGCGGUCGUCUUCAGGGCAAGAAUGCCAUCGUCACCGGUGCUGGCGGUGGCAUCGGCCUCGAAACCAGUAUCUUGUUCGCUCGUGAAGGCGCCAAUGUCCUGAUGGCCGACGUCUCGGCUCCCGCCCUCGAGAAAGCACUCGCCAAGGUGAAGGAAGUGGUUCCUACUGCCCCGCGUGUGGAGACCAUCCAAUGCGAUGUGUCCAAAGAGGCCCAGGUCCAGGCGAUGGUCGAGGCACAGGAUGGCUGGGGCGGCACUGAUGUGAUCUUCAACAACGCGGGGAUCAUGCACGCAGACGACGACGAUGCCGUCGGCACCCCUGAAAAGAUCUGGGAUCUCACACAGAACAUCAACGUCAAGGGCGUCUGGUUUGGAUCCAAGCACGCCGUGCUCAGCUUGCGCCGUCACAAAAAGACCCGCGGGAGCAUCAUCAAUACAGCCAGUGUUGUGGCUCUGGUUGGCAGUGCUACUCCCCAGCUGGCAUACACUGCCAGCAAGGGUGCCGUUCUGGCACUGACACGCGAGCUGUCCAUUGUCCACGCUCGUGAGGGUUUCCGUUUCAAUGCCUUGUGCCCCGCUCCUCUCAACACCCCUCUUCUUCAAGACUGGCUGGGUGACGACCAGCCCAAGCGAUUCCGUCGUGAAGUGCACUUCCCUACCGGACGCUUUGGGGAGGCCAUUGAACAGGCACAUGCUGUGGUUUUCCUGGCCAGUGACGAGAGCAGCUUCGUCAAUGGAGCAGACUUUGUGGUCGACGGCGGAAUGAGCAAGGCCUAUGUGACCCCAGAGGGACCCCCGACCGCUGCUCCGCAGAACCUGGGCCGUUAA